GCUAGCCAUGGCCAGCGCACAACAACCCCUCUACUCCCACGGGGAUCUCCACGAUGAUGAAUCCAUUUUGGAUGACGACAUGAUCGAGUCCGACGAGGCAAUCGAAGCCGAUGAUCCCCUCCAUGAUACUACCGACCGGACCCCGCUUCGCGGCAACAUCCAAGGCGAAGCAUCUAGCAGCUCACGCGGCGGCGGCGGCGGCGGCGGCGGCGGCGGCAGCAGCAACUUCGCGGGGAAUUACCUCACUUCAUCAAUUCCCGGCGAGGACCGUCGCGCAACCCAGAGUACCAUCGAUGAAACUGUGUGGGAGACCCUCUCGCGGGACCUGCGCGCCGUGUGGGAGAAGAUGCGGCAGGUGCUGUGGCCCAAGUACUUGAUGGGCGGCAUGUUGCAGCGGGGUGGAGGCGGGUUGGCAGCGGCGGAACGGGGUGAAGCCAGUGGCUUUGGUGGCGGCGUUCGCAAUCUGGUGGGCAGGUGGCCGGAUGCUGAUGUCGUGUUGCAGGGGGGUAUGAGUGAGGGGUUGAGGGAUUGGGAUCUUUGGGGACCUCUGAUUUUCUGCCUGCUGCUGAGUAUGUUUCUGUCGAUGCGCGCCAAGGGAGAUCAGUCGUCUUUGGUGUUCUCCGGGGUGUUCUCGAUUGUGUGGAUUGGUGAGGCGGUGGUGACGUUGCAGAUUAAGUUGCUGGGUGGCAACAUCUCCUUCUUCCAGUCGGUCUGUAUUAUUGGAUACACAUUGUUCCCGUUGGUCAUCGCGGCUCUGCUCAGUGCGCUGGGUCUGCCGACCAUUGCGCGCAUACCGGUCUACUUGGUGCUGGUGGCGUGGUCGUUGGCGGCGGGCGUGAGUAUCCUAGGCGGAUCGGGAGUGGUGCGCAACCGAGUCGGGAUUGCAGUUUAUCCAUUGUUUGUGUUCUAUGUGGCUAUCGGAUGUCUCUGCUUCAUCAGUUGAGAGGGCGCAUGCGGACUUAAAAACUGGGUGAGGUGGUGGGAGUGUGGUGCUGAGCAAGGGAGGAACUAUAGCUAGGCAUAGAGGAAGAGGGAGGUGGAUGUCGGGGGGUUGUGUUGUCGUUUCCAGUCGAGGCCGACCAUUGAACGGACUGUUCUGUGUUGUUCCAUAGUAGCGUUUUCUAUCUGAAAAAUGUUUGCAGCCAAUCUGUCAUUUUGCGAAUAGGACAUUAAUCCC